CAACGCACUCACGAUUUCCGUCUUGCAUUUGUGCAUGACCAUCCCCAUCCAAGCUCCGCGACUUGCUCCAACCUCUUGCCCUCAACAUCAUCUCUGGUGCAUCGCAUUCCCACCUUUCGCUCAACCACACCCAUCGCUCCCUGCGCCCCUAGACACUGGUCUUUGAUCUGGUGAAACUCAAGCAAGAUGCCGUCUACGGCUGACCUCUUAGUCCUGGCUCUGAUCGGCCUUGGUGCCGUGGUGUAUCUCUUCAAAGACAGCAUCUUUUCCAAAAAGAUCGACACUUCCGCGAGCAAGCUUGCGCAACCAACCUCCUUUGACGAGGAAGGAGGAGAUGAUUUUGUCUCCAAACUAAAGGAGCAGAAAAAGCGCAUUGUCAUCUUUUAUGGCUCUCAAACUGGAACUGCAGAGGAGUAUGCAGUGAAAAUCGCAAAGGAAGCAAAGGCUCGAUUCGGCACCUCUUCUCUCGUGCUCGACCCCGAGGAAUAUGAGUUCGACAAGCUAGACGCUCUUCCCGCGGACGCAGUAGCAAUCUUUGUUAUGGCCACCUAUGGAGAAGGCGAGCCCACAGAUAAUGCUGUGAAGCUUGUAGAGCACGUUGCCGAAGAGUCACCACAAUUCACGCAGGGCGACAAUCUCGAGAGUCUCAAGUACGUCAUCUUUGGUCUCGGCAAUCGCACAUACGAACACUACAACAAGGUCGCCCGCGAUCUGGACUCACGCUUGCAGGAGCUUGGGGCAACUCGCGUCGGCGAGCGCGGAGAAGGCGAUGAUGACAAGAGCAUGGAAGAGGACUAUCUCGAGUGGAAGGAUGGCAUGUUCGAGGCUCUUGCGCAGGAGUGCGGUUUCGAAGAAGGCGGUGGCGGUGAGGUGGAAGAUUUCGAAGUUGCGGAAAUCGAUGAUUUCGAAGAGGACCGCGUGUACCAAGGAGAGCUCUCUGCCCGUGCUUUGCUUGGAACCAAAGGAAUCCACGAUGCCAAGAACCCUUACCCUGCGCCCAUCAUCAAGGCGAAGGAGCUAUUCAGUCUGAGCGGCGAGAGGUCAUGCGUGCACAUGGAAUUCGACAUCGAUGGAUCGGGCAUCUCGUACCAGCAUGGCGACCACGUUGCUGUCUGGCCCAACAAUCCAGAGGUCGAAGUGGAGCGCAUUUUGGCUGUCCUGGGUCUCACCGAGAAGCGCUUCACAGUCAUCGAUGUCGAAUCCCUGGACCCAACGCUCGCCAAGGUGCCCUUCCCCGUGCCCACUACUUACGAUGCCAUUUUCCGCCACUAUCUUGAUAUUUCAGCUGCAGCUGGUCGUCAGGCAGUAAAUUCCUUUGCAAAAUACGCCCCCAGCGAGGCUGCCAAGACCGAGCUCGCGAAGAUCGGAUCGGACAAGGCGUACUUUGGCAAGAAGGUCGCAAACCGCUCCCUCAAGCUCGCAGAGGUUCUGCAAAUCGUUGCUGGCGAUGACCUUCGCGCGGAGCCUAGCAAGUCCACCCCAUGGCAAAUCCCCUUUGACAGAAUCAUCUCUGCGAUACCCCGCGUCGGCCCUCGAUUCUACUCCAUCUCUUCCAGCCCCAAGCUGUAUCCGAAGGCCGUUCACGUCACCGCGGUCGUCCUGCGCUACCAAGCUGCAGACGGAGGAGAGUACAUCCAUGGACUGGCAACCAACUUUAUCAGCACGCUCAAGCAAAAGUACAACCAGGAGCAGGUUGACGCUCGCAUCAAGUCUCCUUACUACAAUAUCGAGGGACCUCGAGGCGCGUAUAUUGCGGGAGGUCACCUUCGCGCUCCUAUCCACAUUCGUCGCUCCACCUUCCGAUUGCCCACUUCCCCCAAGAUCCCAGUCAUCAUGAUCGGCCCUGGUACAGGUGUCGCGCCAUUCCGAGGAUUUGUGCAGGAGCGCGUAGCUUCUGCGCAAAAGGCGAUCGAAAAGAAUGGACCAGAGGCGCUCAAAGAUUGGGGCAAGAUCAGAUUGUUUUACGGAUGCAGAAAGUCGAACGAGGAUUUCUUGUACAAGGAGGAGUGGGAAGAGCACAAAAAGGCCCUAGGAGAAACGUUUGAGAUGCACACAGCGCUCUCUAGAGAGAAGUUUAAGCCGGACGGAUCCAAGCUGUACGUGCAAGAUCUUGUUUGGGAGCAGCGCGAGGCCAUCGCCAAGGACAUUCUCGACAACAAGGCCUACAUUUUUGUCUGCGGUGAAGCUGCAGGCAUGGCUAAAGAUGUUGAAGCGACCCUCGUUCGCAUCUUGUCCGAGGCCAAGGGAAGCGCCGAGGAUGGCAAGAAGGAGUUGCAGCUUCUCAAGUCCCGCUCGCGUCUCUUGCUAGACGUUUGGUCAUAGACUGUCUCACCUACAAUUCAGAUGUCGCUUCGAUUGUGCUGUCCGGAACUGGGGAAAUGAUAUGGCAUGGCUGCGUCUAAAUUUUAGCCAUCCCUCCAACGCACUCCCGUCAUUGGACCCCCACCCCUCUCUUCGCCUCGGUGCGAUCUCCCUCCCCCUUUUCACCUUUUCACUUCGAAGCUAUACCGGUCGAGUCUCCCCUCUACAUGUGACUUGAUCGCCUUCUAAGCUACCAAUCUUGCACCUUGUCCGAGGUCACACGAAAUCGCAAAAUAAAUUUUACAGAGGCUUUGGGGG